UCCCUUCACGCCAUUACACCAUGAAGCUUCUCACUACCACUUCUCUUGCUCUUUCCUUCACCUUCCUCAUCCUUCUACUCCUUCCCUCCAUUUCUCAAGCACACAACAUCACCACCAUUCUCGCCAAACACCCUGAAUUCUCCACCUUUAACCACUAUCUCUCUGCCACCCACGUCGCCGCCGACAUCAACCGCCGCCAGACCAUCACCGUCCUUGCCCUCGACAAUGCCGCCAUGUCAUCCCUCCUUGAAAAACACCUCUCCAUCUACACUCUCAAAAACGUCCUCUCCCUCCAUGUUUUGGUCGAUUACUUCGGCGCCAAGAAACUCCACCAGAUCACCAACGGCACCACUUUAGCUUCCUCCAUGUUCCAGGCCACCGGUGCCGCUGCCGGAACUGCCGGUUACGUCAACAUCACUAACCUCAAAGGUGGGAAAGUGGGGUUUGGAGCUGACAACACUGACGGCGGCGCUCUUCAUUCCUUCUAUGUGAAAUCUGUGGAUGAAUUGCCGUACAAUAUCUCUGUUUUGCAGAUAAGCCAAGGUCUCACUUCUGCUGACGCCGAAGCUCCGACAGCAGCGCCGACUCAGGUCAAUCUAACCUCAAUCAUGGCGAAGCAAGGCUGCAAAGCCUUUGCUGAUCUGUUGAAGGUUUCCAAGGCGCUUUCUACUUUCGAGGAAAACAUUGAUGGCGGGUUGACAGUGUUUUGUCCAACCAACAACGUUGUCAAUGGUUUCUUGCCAAAGUACAAGAACUUGACAGAGGCUGAUAAAGUGGCAUUGUUGUUAUAUCAUGGGAUUCCUGUGUAUGAGUCCUUACAAAUGUUGAAAUCCAAUAAUGGGAUUGUCAACACUCUGGCUACCGAAGGAGCUAAAAAGUAUGAUUUCACAGUGCAGAAUGAUGGAGAGAUUGUGAAGUUGGAAACAAAAGUUGUGACAGCAACACUAGUAGGGACAUUGAUAGACCAGGACCCUUUGGUUGUGUACAAGAUUAACAAGGUGUUGUUGCCUAGAGAGCUGUUUAAGGAAACUCUUGCACCUGCAGAAUCACCUGAGCCAGCAAAGAAGAAGAAGAAGGGAGAUUCGUCGGCUGACUCGCCGGACGCUGAUGCCCCGGAGGCCGAUGUAGAAUCAGAUAAGGCUGAUGACAGUAAUAGGACAAGUGGGUUAUGUGGAGGGGCAGUCAAAUUCUUCAUGGUUUUGUUGAGUUUGGCUAUGGGGGUUCUGGUUCUAUGAUUGCAUAUUGAAAAGAAGAUGAUUCUCCGUGUCGGUUUACAGCUGUAUGGUCAUGUGAGAGAAUUGAUUUAAUUUGUGGCGAAAAUAAAAACAAUGAGACCCACAUGAUGGAUUGGAGCUUGCAGGUGCUCUGUCUUUUUCUUUUUUUAAUUUUUAAUGGUUCUAUAUUUGUUUAUACAUUCGUUUGUAAUUUAUGGGAUUUGUCAUUUUCGGUGCGGAUGGAUGGAAUCCAGAUUGUACGUGCUAGCAAUGCAUAGAUAUAUGUACAAGUUUUUUUUUUUUUAAGCAAAAAUAUGUAUAAGUUUACUUUGACAGAUAUUAGUGGCUUUUUCUCAAAA